GAAGCAAGCGAAGCAGACAAACAAUCAAACCCAAGGCUAGGUGCCUACCUAGGUAGUAACCAAUGCAAACAUUGUUUUGUUUUACAGUUACACCCCACCAAGACUCACGAUGUCUCCUGCAAAGUAAAUGCCUUUGUAUGGGCCAUGGUAGUUGAUGCCGUUAACACUGCCCCCCCCCCAUGUAAGUAACCGAGCCGGAGGCAAAGAGGUGGAGUUUGCACUAUUUAUGAUGGUUUAUGAUUGAUUCAAUAAAUGCAGUACUACCUGCUUAGUACAUAUGAUCCAGCUUGGCCAAGCAGUGAAAGCGAUGAGACUCGGAGUGACCGUGGUGAUGUGGCAAAGACAUGGCGUUCUGCAGUCAGUCUUUUUGCUGUUCUCUCGACCCUGGCACUGGUUGCAGGAAGCUCGUGGGAGUUUUCCUUGGGUUCGGAUCCGGCCUAGGACAGCUUACUCCAGAUCAUCAGGUAGAAGUUAUAUGUUACUCUUCUUUCACUUUAUUUCUUUUCUGGGGUGAACCUGGGGGGCUGGGGAAAAAGAAAAGAGGACUUCAUGCAAAAGGAAUGGAUGUAUAGGAUUCGUCUGUAGUGGAGCAUAUAUGAGAAGUCACUUGAGCGGAAUUACUGGAUCGCCUCUCUAUGGUCAGCAGAGAAGAGAUGUAUACCUAGGUAGGUAGGUAAGCAGUUGGGUAUAGGACUAAAUUUGAUGAUAGGGGCAGCGCUGCAGGACAGAGAGAAUAUGUUCCACAAGCUCUCAAGACACCCGAGCUGAAACCUGGGUGUAAUUAUUUAGAAGAUUGUCGUGUUUGC